AAACUAUCAUAUCUCUCGUCUCAAAAAUCCACCUCUCUCCCUAUAUUGCCAUCCUAUGUUUUCUCCAUUGAAGGGUACUUUCUCUAUUUGCCAAACAUAUUCCUUACACUGCUACAACUACUGACUUCUAAACAUUCAAUCCCAAACUCUCUUUUCUUCUUAACACUUGUUUCUCUCUCUUUCUUUUCUAAUACAAAAAUCUCUCCACUCUCUUAUUCUUCUUUACUUUAAAACACUAUAUGCCUUCAAGAUUGACAGAUGCCUUUAGAGCCCACCCUGUCCAUCUCCACCACAAACUUCUUGACUUUACUUCUCUUCAAGAACUACCCGACUCUUACAAAUGGAGUCAACUUGAUGACCACCCCCAACACCGCCCUUGCUCCGGUGGUGGUGGUGGUGGCGGCCCAGAAUCGGUUCCGGUUAUCGAUCUUUUAGACCCCAAUGCCCUUAAAUACAUAGGCCAUGCAUGCAAAACUUGGGGUGCUUUUCAAGUUAUUAAUCAUGGUAUUCCUGCUAGCCUUCUCAAUAACAUUGAGAAAGCUAGCAGAAGUCUUUUUUCUUUACCUGUUCACCAAAAACUUAAAGCUGCUAGAUCACCUGAUGGCGUUUCUGGUUACGGUAUUGCAAGAAUUUCUUCAUUCUUCUCUAAACUUAUGUGGUCUGAAGGAUUCACCAUCGUCGGAUCUCCCCAAGAUAACUUCCAAAAACUUUGGCCUCGAGAUUAUUCUAAAUUCUGGUACAUUGAUAUAACAGAAGAAUACCAAAUAGAGAUGCAAAAACUUGCAGUCAGAUUGAUGUGGUUAAUGCUGGGCUCCUUAGGCAUAACUAGCGAAGAUGUCACCUGGGCUGGCCCAGAAGGUGAUUUCGAAGGGGCUUCUGCUGCCGCCUUACAACUGAAUUACUACCCGGCUUGCCCUGACCCGGAUAAGGCCAUGGGUCUUGCUGCCCAUACUGACUCAACUCUGCUUACCAUCCUACACCAGAAUAGUACCAGUGGAUUGCAAGUACAAAAAGAAGGAACCGGGUGGGUUACCGUUCCGCCUAUUCCGGGUGGUCUUGUAGUCCAUGUAGGAGACCUCCUUCACAUCCUAUCCAACGGGUUGUACCCCAGUGUUAUUCACCGGGCGGUAGUUAACCGGACCAAGCAUAGGCUAUCCGUGGCUUAUCUGUAUGGGCCACCAUCAAGUAUCCAAAUAUCACCCUUAUCUAAAUUAGUAGGCCCGAGUCAACCACCUCUUUACAAAGCAGUCACUUUCUUUGAGUAUCUUGGCACUAAAGCUAAACACUUCAACGAAGCACUAUCAAGGGUUAGGGUAUGUGCUCCUCUGAGUGGAUCAUUACUUGAUGUAAAUGAGCACAGCAACAACAACAACAACAGUAAUAAUAAUAAUAGGGUAAAAGUAGGAUAGAAGAAUUUUACCUUUUUUUUUUGUUUAGUUUUGUAAUUAAAUCCAAUUUUGUCCUUUUGUCUUAAUUCCUUUCUCCAAGAAUUUCUUUUG